GCUCACAGGGGUCUGGCCUGCUCAGAGGGAAGCUGGUCAAAGCAGGACUGAGUCGGGGGCCCCCAUCUAGGCCUCUGGCCUGGGGCACAGCCGAGGCCAGAGCAGCAGGAGGACUACAUUUCCCAGAGUCCCCCAAACCCCGGGAGCGAGCCAUUGGAAGAUUUAAAUAGCCCAGGCCCGAGGCAGCCAGGCUGCAGCUGUGGACGUGUCCACCUCCUGGGUGGCUCCAUUGGCGCUGGCCCGCACUGGGGGGCUCGAUUGGCUGCCCAGCUGGCACUGACAUUCCCUGGGAGCCUGGUGGCAGCCGGAGGUAAGCAGCCAUGUGCAGUCCCGCACUCUAUAUUUAACAGCUGCCGCAGAGCAGGAGGGGAGGCCGGGAGCAACGGAGGCUCCAGGCUUCCGUCUUUGGAGAGAAGGGCCUCACAGCCAGGCUGGCACCGGCCCUCGCUGGGUGACUGUCACCAUGCCUGCCUCCCAGAGCCGGGCCCGGGCCCGGGACCGCAACAACAUCCUCAACCGGGCCGAGUUCCUGUCCCUGAACCAGCCCCCGAAGGGGGCGCCGGAGCCCCGCAGCUCGGGCAGGAAGGCCUCGGGCCCCUCGGCACAGCCCUCGUGCCCUGGCGAUGGGGCCCGCGAGCGGCGCCAGUCUCAGCAGCUGCCCGAGGAAGACUGCAUGCAGCUGAACCCCUCCUUCAAGGGCAUCGCCUUCAACUCCCUGCUGGCCAUUGACAUCUGCAUGUCCAAGCGCCUGGGGGUGUGCGCCGGCCGGGCUGCGUCCUGGGCCAGCGCCCGCUCCAUGGUCAAGCUCAUUGGCAUCACAGGCCACGGCAUCCCCUGGAUCGGGGGUACCAUCCUCUGCCUGGUGAAAAGCAGCACGCUGGCCGGCCAGGAGGUGCUCAUGAACCUACUUCUGGCCCUGCUCCUGGACAUCAUGACGGUGGCUGGCGUGCAGAAGCUCAUCAAGCGACGCGGCCCGUUUGAGACGAGCCCCGGCCUCCUGGACUACCUCACCAUGGAUGUCUACGCCUUCCCCGCCGGCCACGCCAGCCGCGCGGCCAUGGUCUCCAAGUUCUUCCUCAGCCACCUGGUGCUGGCGGUGCCCCUGCGCGUCUUGCUGGUGCUCUGGGCCCUCUGCGUGGGCCUGUCUCGGGUCAUGAUCGGCCGCCACCACAUCACCGACGUCCUCUCCGGCUUCGUCAUCGGCUACUUCCAGUUCCGCCUGGUCGAGCUGGUCUGGAUGUCCUCCAACACCUGUCAGAUGCUCAUCUCCGCCUGCUCCCCAGGUGAUUCCACUUACAGGCAAAGUUGAGAACCAUCAACCCUGACCUCCAGGACCCUCAGCUGGAAAAGCCAAUGGCGUCCAUCUCGGGCAUGGCCUGAGCCUCUGAGACUUUAGUCCAGGCAGGUUUCGGAAGAUCUGGGCACCUAACUCUACCGUCCCCACUGUGCAUGAGAAGGAGGGAAGGAUCCCCCCCAGAAACUGGUUUGUGUGUAUCCUGCUUGUGGAAGACGUGCUACUGCCAGAGGCGCUGGGCUAUUAGUUCAGUCGUGUUUGCUCCUGCAGAUGAACCUAAACACCGGCUUUGGGUCAGCAGGUCUGGGCUGCAGCACUGACUUCCCACCAGUGUCUGCGCGACUUUGGGCAAGUCUCUUGACGGCUCAGAUCCUCAGUUUGGGCAUCUCUAAAAUGGGGGGAACGGGGUUGCUUUGAGAAUCGGCUGCCCCAGAGUCUCCAUCCUUGGACAUAACUCUUGGACAUCUCAGGUGGGUAAGCAGAUCAAGUCUCUUCAAUUUCCUUUAUUAAUGAUUUACAGUCCUCAGCAUAUGUCUUUAACCUCCUUGGUUAGGUUUAUUCCUAAGUAUUUAAUUUUUUGGCUGUGACUUUAAAAGAGAUUGGUUUUUUUACAUUCCCUUUCUGAUAUUUCAUCGUUAGUGUAAAGAAACUCAACCGAUUUCCGUAUGUGAAUUUUGUAUCCUGCUACCUUGCUGAAUUUGUUUAUCAGUUCUAGUAGUUUCUGUGUAGAGUCUUUAGGGUUUUCUAUAUAUAGUAUCACGUCAUCUGCACAUAAUGACAACUUUACCUCUUCCUUUCCAGUUUAGAAAACGUUUAUUUCUUUUUCUAGUCUGAUUUGCUGUAGCUAGGACUUCCAAUACUAUGCUGAACAGAAGUGGUGAGAGUGGGCAUCCUUGUCUUGUUCCAGAUUUUAGCAAGAAGGCGUUCAGCUUUUCACCAUUGAGUAUUACAUUGGCUGUAGGUUUGUCAUAAAUAGCUUUUAUUAUGUUGAGAUAUGUUCCCUCUAUACCCACUUUGGUAAGAGUUUUUAUCAUGAAUGGAUGUUGAAUUUUAUCAAAUGCUUUUUCUGUAUCUAUUGAGAUGAUCACGUGAUUUUUAUCUUUUGUUGAUGUGGUGUAUCCCAUUGAUCGAUUAGCGUAUGUUGAACCAUCCUUGUGAACUUGGGAUGAAUCCCACUUGGUCGUGGUGUGUAUGAUCUUUUUAAUGUGUUGUUGGAUUCGGUUUGCUAGUAUUUGUUGAGAAUUUUUACAUCUAUAUUCAUUAAAGUUAUUGGUCUGUCA